GUUUUCACGCAUUUAUUUUACUACUCGCAGUACGCUAAGGAUGCCUCUCCAAGUAGGAACGUGGGUCUGUAUUCAAAGCAGAUCAAGAGAGGGCUACAUUUUGUAUGUGUCGUCUGCCUUCCGAGAUAUCCUGGGCUAUAAUCCAGUUGAAGCCAUUGGGAAGCCAGCAAGCCAGUUUCUCGACAGUGACGACUUUGUCGUGUACAACGACUUGUACUUAACCAUCACGUUUUUCUGCGGUGAAAUCAACUUCCAUGUUAGGGCUCGGACUAGACGGUUCAAUUUCUCGGGCAGUGAUGGCAAUAUGCAGGCGACGCUAGAGCAGAUUCAGCAAGCAAUUGACUGCAAUCAUGACGAUCACCAUGACACUGCAGAGGCGCAGCACCAGCCAGAAAGGCGUCCAUGCCAAGCAUGCUUAGUUCUUGACCUGGUCAGUCGACUGCGCGAGCCUAUGCCCCUUGGCCCAAAUGUAAUCUUCGCAACAAACAGCAUCGAGCAGAUCAUCGGGGUUGAGGCAACAGAGUUCCAGGGCUUGCCAUUCCUCUCUGCUGUUGCACCCGCAGAUGUCACAAAGGCAGGCGAGUUCUUGCAGAAUAUCUCGACAAGCAAUGCAAUUGCAUUUGUUACAAUUCAGCUGUUGCAAAAUCCGUUCUCGGAAGAGAGUCCAGAUGGCUCACGGCAGGUGGAGGUUGAAAUCAUGGGUGCCGGAUACGAUGACGGUGCAAUCCUACUCUGUCAGCCAGUGCAGCAGCACAGACUCGGUGACACGCAGCCAUUCGCAGGCCAUGCAGCAAACUACGAUGACGACACUGGCUAUCUCAGCCUGGAGGAGCUCAUAUCGACCGAUGCCGAGACAAGCGGAGUUGAUGCUACCUGGCAUGACGCCUAGCUCAACUGAGCGCUGGAAAUAACCAUUGGGCAAGGCAGUAAUGAUUUACACGAGAAUCUAUUUGAAUCCUCCAAAAAUACGAUAAAAGGGACU